UCUAAAUGCCGGUUCAAGGCCCUGGCCGCGGUGUAACUUGCCAUCUGAUAUGGGAAAGAUAUAUGGUUCGUAUGAUUUCCAGAUCUAAUUUUUUCUGAUGCUCUCUUUUCUUGCUCUUUGCUCUUUGCUCUUGUUAUUGAUUGUAUUUUUUUAAUAAAAUUGUUUUGAUUGCGGUUUACGGCAUUGUUUAUGGUGCAAUAGCACCACCACUCGUUAAAUUGAAUCUACAUCAGCAGUGUGUUUGAUUGGUUACAAACCAUGGCGGACGAAGAAAUCAAGCGUACGAGCAGUAUAGAGGAUGGUGGAGGAAAAGACAAUGAACAUGAGAGUGGAAUGACCAGUCUACCGAAUCUACCUAGCACGAGGGAAGAAACUGCACAUGAGUUGAGUCAAGAAGCUGGGACAAGCCAAGCACAACCGAGUAGAGACCCGGGGAUAAAGCCCCUGAAAAGAUUUGAUACGCUGCCCACAAAGCGGAAUCCACUUUCACCAGAUACACGGAGACGAGGACGGACUUUGACUGGCCAGGUUCCUGAGAAUAAUGACCUAUCUUCGAGGGGACAAAUUUUCAAGAGGGGGACCUCAAUUUUCGCCGGAGAGACGCGGGGGAGAAUGGGUUCCAUACCCGAGCGAGGAGCUAUUCCUCCAAAUGCAGAGAGAGAACCCCGCCCUAGUGGCGUUUCCGAUCGCACUCAGGGUUCAGGUCUUCGCCCACGCUUGAGCACGAUAAAUCGUCAACGAGGACCCUCUAUCCGAAGAAGACCUACCGUUGCGCUAGAAGCUAUUACAUCCGGAGCCGACGUUGGAGGUGGAGAUAACUUUACAUUGGCCGGGCCUGCACCAAUCGAGACCUUGGUGCAAAACCAGCCCUACGUUGAUCCAGGUUACGCCCAUCUAAAUCCUGCCUAUGUUCAACCCGAGAAUGUCAGGCCAGUAUGGGGUUUAGCCAAGCCCUUACCGCGUGUGAUUCGUCCGGGUAUGAUUCCCUCACGCUCGGAAAUCAAUAUCAAUAUCGCCCAACAACAACAGCAGCAGCAGCAGGCUCCUCAAGAUCAGGCGGAUCUAGACUUGGAACAAGGUAGGAUCGAACCAACCCUCAAAUUGUCCAGAAUCUCAACCGCCCUUCAAAAUGCUAGACAACAACGUGAAAACAACCUCAUGGAAGCACAUGGCUUGGUUGCGCCGACAAAUCUACAAAGUACGGCAUCGAGGCAAGAACCACUGACUUCUCCAUCUCAAGUCAUUGAAGAAGAGGGGCCAACCGGUAAACCCACAAACACGGAUACCACAUCCCCAGAACGUCUCCAAACACGCCCACCCCUCUCAUUCGAUGGCCGCCCCUCUCAGAACUCACAAACUUCACAAAUUGAUCCUUUUCCCAGUCUUUCGGACCAUGAUGAUCAAGCUUCUGUGACAACGGAGGUUGCGGGCGAGGGUGAUCUAGGUGGGCCGUGGAUUAGUCAAGAAAUUCCUUUGAUUGCGUACGAUCCCAAUUAUGAUGACGAAAUCCACAAUCUUCACACACAUUGGUCCGUUAUUCGAUUACGGUUCCGAGAGCCACUUGCGGAACUGUUGGCUGUGAGCUCUUAUCCUGUCAAAAAUCUCAUUUCGUCACUGACAAAUUCUUUAGGUCACUUGCCAACUAACCCUUGGAUUUUGCGCGGAUUUAGUUGUAGUAACAUCAGGUAAAAAUGCAUCUCCUGCUGGAAAUGAAGUAACUACCGACUGGGCAUGGGGUUUAGCUUCAAUGCUUGGUAUUUAUAUUGCUGGUGGUAUUUCUGGAGCGCACCUUAACCCAGCCAUUUCGAUAAUGCUCUGGAUAUAUCGAGGUUUUCCUCUUAGAAAAGUACCAAUGUAUAUCCUUGCACAGAUACUCGGAGCAUUCCUAGCAGCCUUAAUCGCCUUCGGUCUCUACCAAACCAAUAUUGUCGAAUAUGGCGGAACCAACUUAAAGAACGGAGACACCAUGGGAGCAUUUAUUACAUACCCGCGAUAUGCCUGGAUCAAUGCUAGCACAUCAUUCUUCACCGAAUUCGUCGGAACCGCAAUCCUAGCCGUGGCAGUCUUAGCCCUAGGAGACGAUAUGAACGCACCUCCUGGAGCCGGCAUGUCAGCUUUCGUCAUGGGACUCGUUAUUACAGUUCUCAGUAUGGCAUUUGGCUACAAUACCGGCGCGGCGAUGAAUCCCUCCCGAGAUUUGGGUCCACGUCUCGCGCUCACAGCGCUAGGCUACGGAAAGGAUCUCUUCACCGAUGUAUAUUGGAUAUGGGGAAAUUGGUGCGCGCCAAUUUUAGGUGCCAUUUUCGGCGCGUUCUUGUAUGAUGUUGCCAUCUUUGCUGGUGGUGAGAGUCCGGUUAAUUAUCCGAGGAAGAGGAUUAGGAGGGCAGGACAUAAGUGGAAGAAGAGAUGGGGCGUUAAGUUGAGAAAGAUGAAGCCUUUGAAGAAGGGCGAGGAUGAGACUUAUCGGAGGUGGAAGGAGGGUCAGCAGUGAUUUUUUGACUGUUUCAUUGUAUAUGGAGGAUGUAAUUCCUUAAAAGCAAUUGGUGACAAUCUGGGGGAGUUAUAGUAAUUAACUUUUCGUUGUAUAUUUUUGAUUGGAUUAUUUUGGUAUAUAUUUAGAAGAGAGUUUGAACAGAUACCGUAUAAUCUUGGGAGAUUCAGAUUCUUGGCAUCCAAUUUACAUUUGAUCGAUCGAAUAUUAAAUCACCUCUAGCUUCACUAAUUGCUGAUUUAAUCAUGGCUAGAGAUUUUUGCCUAGCGU